GUGAUCGUGAUGGAGAAGUGUCUGUGGUGCACCACGUCCCUGGAGGUGGAGGGUGACGUGGCGAUCGUCGCAAUGCUGCGUCGCUACAGCUCAGGACGGCUGUCUGAGCGAGAGAUGGACUCUCUGAAUGAAGACCUCAGCUGCUGUCUGGAGUGUGUGGUGGAGUAUCAUCGAGCCAGAGACAAGGUCCCUGAUCUGCACAAGCGUUUGUGGGAAAUGGAGAAAGCUCGACUCGUGCGUUUGUUGGGAACCGUUCUGGACCAGGAGCUGGAGGAGGACGAUAUCUUUAUUAUCGAAGAUGAUCACGAGGAGCCGGUGUCGAAGAUCUCGCCUGCAGAAUUCCACGACCGUCUCCGUUUCCCGCUGUUUGAAGUUCUGAAGUAUCCGUACCUGCUUUGCUACCGUGAUCUGUGUGAUUUGGUGGUAAAGGCCUUGUGUAAGUUGCAGGAUAUGAAGCAGUCUUUGACUGUGUUUGAGAAGUAUCAAGGAACAUAUCUGCUUCUCGUUCAUCCCAACGAACAGGUGCGCCGUUGGGCAAUCGAUACAGCAAAGACCAUGAAGAGUGUGGACCGGGACACCUACUAUGACCUUAAAGAGAUUUUCUUUUGCAUGUUUUAUAUCAUUGAGCUUGGAAUAUCUUUGGACUUUCCAGAUUUGGAGCCAGAGUCUUAUGCAGGGGGCGUUGUACAAAUGCUGCCCUCUCACCUCUAUGACUCGCAAAAUAAGAAGAACUACUGGCUAGGUAUCUGUAUGUUACUAACACAGCUCAGCGCUGAGGCAAUGGACUCCCUGUUCAUGGGACAGUUUAACAUCCCACUUUGCAUACUCAACACAAUGGAAGGGUUGAAAAAUGAGGACAAUCCAGCUUCUGACCCAUUCUGGCCAGCCCUUCACUGUUUUAUGGUAAUUCUGGACCGACUUGGUUCUAAGAUCUGGGGUCAGGUUGACCCUAAUAUGGCUUUCCAGACAAUCACCGGAGCAGCCAGCUAUGUUGCGGAAAUAAAGAACAUCCAGAAAAAAACCAUGCGGGGGAUGGUUAAAGUGGAGCCUGAAUAUGAUGACAAUAUGGUGACUUGCAGUCAGAUGGUGUACGACUGUUAUGCCUCCGAAAAACCAAACCAAGCAUCUGGUUCGUCGUCCAACAGUGGUAUUUCCAGCAACUAUAUGAUCUAUGAGGAUAUGCAGUCCCUGGUCACCGUGCUUGAUUCUGAAAUGGGCCAGAGCAUGCGUGUAUACGGAAGCACUUUUCUGUGGUUCAUUCCAUUUGUCUGUUCCAUAAUGGAAAUUCCAGAGCUCAAUGCUUCCUAUAUUAGUGAAGUCAUCCACUAUCUUUGUGAUAAGAUACGAGAAAAUCGACGGAUGCUAACCGGACAGACAAGUGUGUGCGAUAAAGUGACCGAGUUCUUCAUUCGUAUCCUUAUUCAAAUUGUUAAGCUACACUCUACUGAAGGGCGAAUGGGAAUACUUUCUCGCUGUGCCCACAAGUGGGUGGAAGAGAUCGUCUUGUGCAUCGUCCUAUCGGAUGAACCACGUGCACCACCAGACAGGAUGGGUGGAAUUCACGGAGUCAGUUCAACCUCAUACAACCUUGGGAUCGUUGGAAGGCUGCCUGCAUCUGGAGGUGGCAUUGGUGCCAUAAUUCAUGGCUGCAUGAAACUGAUUCGACUGCUGCUGAAAGAAGGGAUAAGGCGAUCUGUCCAAGACUCGACCCACUUUUUGAAACUGCUUAACAAGCAGUUGCGUGUUGCAAACAAACGAUGGAAUCUAACACGUUCUGAAUCUGAUGAGCUUCAAAAGUGUUUGUUAAGAGUUGUCCGGUCGAUGCCAGAAAGACCUGAUUCUCCACUCCCUGUUGUUCCACCCUCAUGUGCACCAUCAGUGGAGGCAGCUACAAACACUGUUAUUUCCAGAAAUUCAGUGCCAACCCUGCAUCAGCAACGACAUGAGGACCAGGAGGCAGGUCCGAGCAGAACAGGAGAUGCAUCUGCUUUUAUCAAAGAGGAGCCACUUGGGAAUUAUGGAAAUGACAUCUUUGAUGAGGAUUUCUGCAGCGGUCUUGGGUUAAAGGCUAAGAAGGAACCCCCUGACCCGGUGUCAAUUUCAAAGCUGAGACCAGUUGUUCGGUUGGAAUGUAUCAAACCAGAUCUGGGUAAAGUGCAGGAAAUUCGAUCCAGAUUAAAUGAUAACCAAAAUUUGUCAAAGAUCAAAGCCAUUGCCAAACAAAAACCUGAUGAGUCCUUAAGACCUUUUCAUUUGGCAUCAGCUAAAGUGGAAUGUGGUUUUGGAGCUGCUGAGGAGGAUGAUGACGAUGAACCCCUUGAUGUCAGACGAACCCGUUUGAUAAAAUCUGUCAACCCCAAGGUUGAAUCUAGCGACUCCGAAGUUGACAGUAGUGCUGUUGGAAAAACUCAUAACAGGUCCAUGGGCAGCUCACUGGAAAAUGUGGAGUCCAGUACCAUUGUUAUCUCCGAUGAGGAUUCUGAUAACGAUGAAAGGCCAAAUGACAUCCUAAGGUCUCCAGAAGAUCGUGUCUUGCCUGAGAGUCCGGGUCGUGAUUAUGAUGAUCUCAGUGAAUCACAGGUCUUCGAGUUUGAGACCCAGCAAUAUGUGGCAUCUUCCUGGGAUGAUUCAGAUUUUGAUGCAUCAGUCUUGACUAAGAAGCCCAAAUCAGACCAACUACUCAAACCACAGGUGGAUGAAGCUCCUCGUGAAGUGUCUCCAAGUUCAGAGACUGAACUAAUUCUAGAUGAGGACACUGAAAGGGCCUGUCAGCAAGCAGAAGAUAAGAUCAGAGAGCAGCAGCCACAAGAGCCAGCGGAUUCGUGUGCAUCAUCACGGUCCAAAGCAUCCAGUACUGCAGAAAGCUGGGAUAAAUUUGUCAAACCAAAACCUCUGCUGGUUAAAAGUGCAAAAACAACUCCAUCUGAUAAGAAAAGGCCUAAAAAGCCAUUGAUAAUUGAUGCCCUUGCGCAAAAAAUCAGACGCCACCCCUGGAAACGCAACUCCACAUCUCAGGACGUAGAGGAACCUUCCUCUUCAACUACUCCAUCCUCAUGUGGUAUAUCAUCUUCCUCUCUGUCCUCCAGCUGUGUUUCCUCUUCUUAUUUUUCUGCCCCCAGUUCACAUGGCACCCCUGCCAUUGUUCCUCCAAAGAAAGUGCGUAAAGUUGAGCCAGAAUCAACAGCAGAGCGUUUAGGAUUAAAAAAGAAGGAAAGGAAAGCCUUUGAACUUUCUCAGCGAUCCCUGGAUUGUGUUGCUAAACUGAGGUGCCAUGGCCAAAAAGUGCAGGUGGAACCACAACAGAAGACAAGGCGAGUGUGUCGAGCCACUAAGACUUCUCCACAGAAACGUAUUGUAAAAAGCAAUAAGAAACUUCUGGGAUCGCAAGAUAUUCAGUUUUUCAGGCAAAGUCGUGAGAAGCAUCAGAGGCCAGCAACAUCAGGAACCAUCGCAACAUUCGCUUCCAAACCAGCAAAGAUCAAUCAGCCGGGUGAAGUGCACUUGCCAAAACCUACAGUUGCAAGCAGCGAGGCUGGUGAUUUCUUUCCCUGUUCUCAGCCAGGUCCUGACCAUCAGCAGGAUAAUGAAAGUGCUGCAUCAGAAACCAGUUCUAAAGGUGAUGGGGUUGGAAAUAAGAGAAUAGAAUCCAAGUACUUCCAAGUCAGUGAGACUGCUGAUGUCAACAUGGAAGAAGAAAAACCUACUUUGGCAUCAAAAGAGGAGGAGGAGGAGGAGGAUUAUGAUGAUGAUGAUGAAAAAGAAUGGAUGUUCCUCACUCAGAUGGAACCCACCGAUAUGGAACUGUGCUCUCAAAUGGAGCAGUUGGAGGAAGAAAAUGGUGAAGAACUCUUUCUUACCCAGAGAGAUCCGGUUGACAUGGACAUUGAUACGGAUAGUGAGCCAGAUACCCCGGGGCAACUAGUGUUGACACCUAAACCAACUCAGACUCAUAAUGGUGGAAAUGAUGAUCAUUUGUUCUUGAAGCCUGGCAUGUCACCCAUGUCUCAGAAAAAGGCCAAACCUUCCACCACAAAAAUAUACACCCCCAGCUCCCGCAGUGCCUCACUUGUCCUUGAAAUGGAAAAAGGAGCUAAGCCUCCUUCUGUUGCUAAAGCGAAGAUUCCCCGACUGCCCCCAGCAAAGCCACCUCCAAAAACAUUUCAACCUCUCCAUCCCUCACAAUUCCCGAAGCCACUUCCUUCACAGCAAUCUCCUUAUGCUCCUAAGUUGGUCACUAGUGCUAAAAUAAGCUCUACCUUGGAGCCACCAUCUUACAAGGUAUACCAAAGACCUGAGACUCCAGUUAACAAACCAGUACCUGCGAUGGAUCAGAGCCCGAAGUUUGACCUUUCAGUCUUGACCCAAGCAAUCCUUAAAUGGGAAUAUAGGAUGCUUGACAAUUACAAAGCAUUUGGGAGUCCACAUGAUCUAUGCCAACUACCGCUGAAGAAGGUGCCAGUUAUGUUUCCCAGCUACCUGGAGUACUUCAGCACCUUGUAUCCCCUGCUGCAAAUUAAUGCAUUUGAAGAGAUGGCUGGUGAAUGGCUCAAAGAGGGCAGAGUCAAGCUUCACCUAACAGUCCAGGGUAUAGAAUACAGCAAUCGCACAGCUAGUGCCAGAUUCACAGUUUUACUACUUUUUGUAGCAAGCAUUUCUCAGGAAACUGAUAUGAAACAACUCUACCCGAAAGAAGAUGACCUUGUGCUUCUUUGGUUGCCUGACAACACUGGGGCAUAUGCCCAUGAUGAACCUAAUUUCCAUGAACCACAUCCUCAUUUCGGUUAUGUGUCCCGGUCCAGUGUUUCUAAAAGAGAUCCAGGUUCCAGGUCAACCCUAAACUUGACGAUUCAGACUCGUGGUAAUGUAUCUUCGGUGAAUUCCCAACCUGUGCUCUGUGAAGUUAUUGGGUCAUUGAUCAGCAUAUUCCGGGAGUUCCGUGCGCUGUGUUUGCUGCGAAAUGGACCAAUGUUGCGACCUCUUCUUGCUCCAAAUGGGUCUUAUUUCACACACACUCUGGAUAGCCCACCAGACCUGGAUUCACCGGAGUUCAACAGGGACCAGGCAAGAGCAAUAGCUUGUGGUCUUGCCAUGAUACAGAGAACGCAGAAGACCCCAAAAUUUCUCCUCAUUCAUGGUCCUCCAGGAACCGGGAAGAGUAAAACCAUUGGUGGCCUGUUGUACAAACUACUGUCUUCGGGUACUAACAGUGCUGCUUCUGCGGGGAACUUUCACUCCAAGUCUCGACGGACCCGUGUUCUUCUCUGUGCACCCUCAAACGCUGCCAUCGACAGUCUGAUGAAGAAAGUAAUUUUGAUCUUUAAAGAGAAAUGCCGAAACAUCACCGCUCCUCAAGGUAACUGCGGUGACGUAAACCUGGUACGAUUGGGAAGUGAAAGGACCAUCUCUAAGUCACUAAAACCUUUCAGCCUCGACCACCAGACUAAAGCUAGAGCACAGCGAGCCCAGCAAACUGUAGAAGCUGACAUACACAGGCAGAAAGAGCAACUGGACCAAAAUAUUGACAAUCUCUCCCAGCGAUGUGCAAAGACCAAGAAGGAUUCUUCUGAGUUCAAGAUGUUGAUGGAGCAGAAGUUGCAGCUUCUGAAGGAGAGAGAAGGACUGAGUCGGCAGAUUAAAGAGUGUCGCAGUAGGCGACAGGAAAGUCAAGCUCUUGUGCUGCAAAAUGCUCAUGUGAUCUGCUGCACGCUCAGCACCAGUGGAAGUACUGUCCUCGAGAAUGCUUUCCGUCGUCUCGGACAUGAACCGUUUAGCUGUGUCAUCAUUGAUGAGGCUAGUCAGGCUAAAGAAACUGAGACUCUGAUUCCCAUGCUGUACCGAAGUCCUGCUGUAAUCCUUGUUGGUGAUCCCAACCAGCUUCCACCAACAGUUGUCUCCCAGAAGGCAAAGGAGUUUGGCUACGACCAGUCUCUUAUGGCAAGGUUAUGCAAAAGUCUUUAUCCGUCAAACCCACAACUCCAUCCCAUCCUCCUGCUCAGCGUACAGUACCGCAUGCACCCGGACAUCUGUGAAUUUCCCUCCAAGUACAUCUACAACAGCGCUCUCAAGGACGACUGUGAGACGGCUCAGAAGCGCCGUUCCCUCAGCUGGCCCUUCAAGCCCUACAAAGUGUUUGAUGUGACUGAUGGGAUAGAGAAGAAGGAGAGAGAUUCAUUUUCAAACUACAAAGAGGUCAAGUUGGUCUUGCUGCUGUUGAAGCUGCUGGGCGAGAAGCAGUCCGUGCGAGUGGGCGUCAUCACGCCCUACAACGCCCAGAAACAACGCAUACUGGAAGCCAUCAGGGGUUCAGGCAUCGAAAACAAGCAACUUCAGGUUGAUGUGGAUACUGUCGAUGGCUUUCAGGGCAGAGAAAUGGACUGCAUCAUUGUGUCUUGCGUGAGAGCCAGCAGUGAAAAGGGUUCCAUUGGGUUUGUUGGAAAUCGGCAGAGAAUGAACGUAACCAUUACCAGAGCCAGAUUUAGUCUCUUCAUAUUGGGACAUCUACGCACCCUCAGGGAACAAAGUGAUUGGGGAGCUUUGUUUGAGGACGCUAGGAGACGUAAAACUAUAAUCAAAACCAUGCAAAACGAUUUUGAAAGCGACGCCAGGCAGAUUCUUAAACGAGAACCGCCGGCCCGCAGUCUUUCUUAUCCCCCAAUCAGGAGACCAAGCACUGUGACCACACCUAUUAUACAUGCACCUGUGGAAACAGGCCCCGCCCCCACGCCCCACCCCCAGCGUGACACGAGCAACAUGUCUAUGCCGCGGCUAAUACCUUUGGAAUAUCCUAAUAACCCACGGAUGAAUGACAGGCCCACAGACCCACGGUUUGCAGAGCGGCGGCCAAUCGGAGAACAGAGACCGGACAGAGAUGGGCGGGGCUUACCAAGGUCACGCCACUCAACAAACAGAGCUAAUUCAUGUGACGCUGACUCUAGAAGUACUGGCCGGUGUUCCAGAUACUCUUCAAAACACCGCGGUUCUUCACCUUCGAGACGACACAGGAGAUAAAUUAAUUAUCCCUGUUUUUAUUUGUCAUUAAAGCUUCACAGCAAUGUAUUAAGAGAGAGAUUAUUCUUCCUCAUGUCCUCUUCUCCGUGUUUUGAGAACCCACUAUGCACAAGGGUCGUUGUUAAACUCCUCUUUCUCAGACAAUGGCUUAACGGUUAGCUUGACAAAUUAGUUUGAUGGCAGUGCUUUGUUCCCCUAAUCUUGGACUCUUUCUAACUGUUUUUUGCUGCAAAAUUAAUAUUAAAUAUCUAUUUUAUGCAUGAAGAGGGAUGUUUUGUGUACAACAGAUUUUGGUUGUUUGGACCUUGUGCUUGUCUCCAGAAAAUAUAUAUUAAUGCAAUAACUACACUUUCUUGAGCAGUCGGACUUGCUCUGAAGUAACCAUUUUUUUGGGGGGUUUGGGUCUGUAUAGUUUGUCACUUAUUUGAAUGUAACAUUGAUUUAAAGGUUUUUGCAGGAAUGGAUUCGGUCUGUAAAUGUGUUGUGCAUGAAUGCAGUGCCGUUUGUGUUUCAUUGGUUGUUUUAUACUGACUUUUAACAUUCUGGAUUAUUGGAAAACAUACUGGAUUAUUUUUGAUUGAGCUGACUGUUAGAAUGUAUUUUAUUUUUUGGAAGUAGGCUAACUUUGAUUAUUGUCACUAUUAUUCUGGAGGAGGAGAAGGCCAAGAACAGAACCAUUAUUGCUCAACAUUUUAAUUUCAAAUAUAAAAUGCCAUGUUGCAUUUAAGUUGUGAAUGAAAGUUAAGUUUGAAAUUGUACGGUAAAAGUAUACAAGCCAGAUACCUGGAGACUGAGAGAUCGACUUGCUACUUUGGCUUUUUUUUUCUUUUUUUUUCUUGUGUGUGACCAGUUUUACAAAAGUGUAUGAAGAGGACUUUCGUACAGCACUUGUACAGUUCUGUUUUAUACAGAUGCACUUUUUGUAGACCGGAAUUAA